AUGCCUUUACCAGAUGCUGUUAGAACAAGCAUCUUAUCGAGGAAAUGGAGAUAUAAAUGGCGUAGAAUUCCACAACUUACUCUUGAUCAAACACUUUGGAAAAUACACCAAAUAAGUUACUUUGAAAAUAUUAUCCGCCACAUUUUGAACCGUCAUGAAGGACAAGUUAAGCAGUUUACACUCUCAAUUCCGUAUUUGGAAGACUUUACUUAUAUUAGACAGUUGAUAGGGUUCCUCUCUGAAAAUGGUAUUGAACAUCUUAUUCUUAAAUUUCCGAUCAGGGGGAAACCAUACAAAUUGCCUGCUUCAUUUUUCAAAUGUGUGCAUUUGAGGCAUCUAUCUCUUGAAGAUUGUUUAAUAUCUCAUCCACAAGCCUUCAAAGGGUUUGAAAGUUUAAUUAGCCUGAAGCUAUACAAUGUUACAAUCUUGUCCACAUUGCUUGGAAGCUUAAUCUCUCAUUGCCCGUUGCUCGAGCAAUUGGUGUUUCUGCUCCCAGGUAAUUACCACGGUGUCAUUGAAAUUAAUGCCCCCAAAUUGAAGUCCCUUGACUUCACAGGCAGAGUAUGGUUUAUCAAUUUAAAAACUGUUCCUCUUCUGGCACAAUUAUCGCUUGCUUUUAGGGGAGGCUAUUUCCUGGAAUCAAAACAUCACUAUACUAGGUUUUUUGAGUCUUUUUGUGCGCUGGAACAUCUCCAUUUGGAUAACCAUAGUCUCAAGGUGCAGGAGAAGUACCAACUAGUCUUCCCUUUCGUCUUAACUGUGUUGAAACAUCUUUACCUCUUUGAUCUUUAUCAGAGUGAAUUAUAUUUCGUCGCCUGUGCUUUGUGUUUGAUGAGAAGCUCCCAUAUUUACAAUAUCUGGAAAUCAAGGUUCUUACUUAAUCAUUUGGUGGAUAAUAGUGGGGUACCUCUAGCACUGGAUAAUCUUGAUUUGGAAGGAAGUUUUGGAGAUACAACAUUCAACAACCUCAGUAUAAUUGUGAUUAGGAGCAUUCGAGGGACAAAUCCUCACAUGCAACUGUUGAAGCUUCUUUUGGCAAAGUCUCCGGCUCUUAUGAGAAUCAUAAUCGAGGCAUUGACCUAUGAAGAUUAUGAAAUUCUCAAAUCACUAAUUGAGCGUUCAAAAUUUAGGUGUGCAUCACCUAACGCAGAAGUUGUAUUAAACUACUAG